UUAUACUGUGUAUGUUUCCUAAAAGAUAUUACAAAUUACAUAAUAUGUAAUAUCAUAUAAUAGAUAUUGCUAUAUACUUAUAAGUGCAAUAUUCAAGAUUUUACAUUGAUACAAAUUUACGAAACAACUUAAAUUUUGAUCAAAUAGUUCUAAAGCAUUCUAAUUCUAAUGCACAAUUUCUUAGCUAUCAAAUAAUGAAGUAUUUCCAAAUAUUGAAAGUCAUUUGCUUUUUCUGUUUCAGAUGCUUUUUUUUCUUAUAAAUACGUGCUUAUGCUUUUAAUUUUUACCGAUAUGUGGCGCUGUCGGGCUGCAUAGUGAAGCUCUCAUUUGUAUCAUUUAUAACUACUAACGCCAUAUCGUAAACACUCUCAAUGCUAAAAUCUUUGUUCUCAUCUUCAAAAAGCUUUUUGAAUCAUUUCAAAUUUUACUAUUCAUUUAUAUUUCAAGAUAUUUUUUUAAUCAUUAUGCACUUUUAAGAAAAUGGAAAGAACAGUACAGUUAAUUCUGCUGCUGAAAAUAAUAUUUGCCACUUUACUGAAAACCGUUCUUUGCGGGGAUCAACCAGUUAUCAUCCCAUUUCACUUUCCACCAGUUUUGAAAGAAGGAGAACGAGCAAAUACGAUUUGCUCUGUUCGCUCUGGUGACAGACCAAUUGAAUUCAUGUGGAAAAAAGAUGGUCAACCUUUAUCAGUAGCAUCGACCACCAGCGUUCAGUCAAUCGAGGAUUCAUCAGUUUUAAUUAUUAAAUCUGUGGACUCAAACAUUUCUGGGAACUAUACAUGCAUUGUUACUAACGCCUUUGGUAGAGAUCAGCAUACUGCAACUCUUGUUGUCACAUCUCCCCCGACAUGGUCAAUGGAACCAACAGACACUGUUGUGAAGGAAGGAGAAAGCGUUUCAUUAGAAUGUGCAGCAUCAGGAGUUCCAACUCCACAUGUUAAAUGGAAAACAGAUGUGAAAGGAACUAAAAUAACAUCAGAUUCUUCGAGUGAAGCUUAUGUUUCAACGACAGGUGCAUUAGUAAUUGGUAAAGUGACUUAUUCUAUGGAGGGAUCUUAUACAUGUGAAGCUGAAAAUGGAUUUGGGCUGCCACUUACCAAAAGUAUUUCUCUCACUGUUCGUGGUACGUUAGAGAUAAAUAAAAUAAAACACACAUUUCCGUAUGAAUCAAUUAAGUGUUAUGGUUUCAACUCACUGUAUUUUUCUAAUAACGUGUCGUAAGUGUGCUAGUAAGCUCUAUGUUAAACUAUGGAAGAAAUUUACAUAUCGAAAUGUACAUUAUUGAAAAAUGGCAAUCGAAACUAUGUUUAAAAACUCACUUAUAUGAAAUAAUUUUAUUUUUAGAACUAGGAGGAACCAUCGGUAAAUAAUUGUAAUAACUGGAGAUACAACGCACUUUUAACUUCUUUUUUUUUAAGAAAAAGAAGGAAAACUCAUGAUAUUCAAUUUCACAAAUUCAGAAUUCCUAAUUUCUUGUUGCUUUUGUACUCCUGAAACUUUCUGCAACUAACAACAACUAAGUUUAAUAAUUUGAUACAAGCUGUUCAGUUCAGCGUUUUGCAUUACACAUCCAAAUAACCACAAUUAUAACAGCGUAAACUGAACGAAAUGCAAAUUCCUGAAAACAGUUUAUUUUACGCACUAUAAUGGGGUAAAAUAAUGAGUGGGUAUUAUUUCAAUAAUCCCGAUGUUUCAAUGUAACAAUCAAUAGUGUUCAAAAAUUAACUUUUGUCUAAAUUAGUGCUUGAACGUACUGUAUCAGAUGCACAGUUGUGUUAUUCAAAUCUAACUCUUUGGUUCCUGUUUUACUCUUUUUUCACAUAGUUGUAUAUAUUUUUGAAUGUUUAGUCAUGUGCUAUUUUUGGGAAUCGCUUGCAAUAAAAAUUUGUGUAUCACUUUCGAAGCAAAGUUCUAAGAAAUUCCGCCAUUUUUCGUUUUUUUUUUAAAAUUAUUAUUCUUGCGUCAUCAUCUCUGACAUGAAAUGCUCAUCUGAUGAUUAAAGUAUUUUAUGAUUUGUAAAUCAUGGUAUAAAUAUUAUGACUUACGAUUUAGGAUUUAUGUAUUAGGAGCUAUAUAAUUUGAUGUAUUAUCUGGAUUUCUUAUUUUGUGUGGAAUAUUACAUCACUGUAUGAGUUGAUUCAAUUAAAUGGUGAUUUUGAAUGCUAAUUGGAAUGAAUAAUUUAUUUACCUAAGCUAUUUCUAUAAAAUUGCUUGAAGUUAUAUUCCUUAUUUAGAGUAAAAUUGUUUUUUACGAUGACUGUUUCAUAAAAUGUUUUUUUCAGAACAAGUAUGUUCAUCCUUAAUAACUGGAACAAAAUGUCAAAAUAUUGAUUGUAAUAAUUACGGGAGAAAUUGAUUUGAAACUUUCAUUUUAAGAUCUUACAUUUGAUUUUUAUAAAAUUAAAGUCUUUGGGUUUUACA